CGCCAUAAGGACGGAGGAACAAUGUAAACAAAUGGUGGUGUGGAGUAUCCGUGGCUAGAAACACAUCCAUUACUCACCAGGCACAACCUACCAAGUCACCACUCCUGCAGCAGCGUGAGGGUGAAAAGCAGGAUGGCCUCAUUGCUUCCAUCAGAGGUGGCGCGGCUCGUGCUGGGUUACUUGGAGGAAAAUGGCUGCCAGAAAUCAUCAGAGAAGCUGUCAGAAGAAUUAGCAGAGUUGUCAGAAUUUGUCAAGUUGAGGAGAAAAGGGAGGCAGGUGUCCACACGCGUUGGGAGUCAGUCUUUGGAGGACAUGUUGAUGGACUACUCUUCCGCCAAGGAUCUCAUGAUGGAGAGUGUGAGGAAUAACUCAGCCACCCUCAGCAGUGUCCCCAAUUCUGGCAGCCUCCUUGGCCAAAUCGAGGCUCUGAUAUCUAUUGUCCUGAAAAACAAAUUUGUUAUCAAGAAGCAAAAGUCAUCCAUUGGGACAGCAAAGAAAGUGAACCAGUACUCCCGCACCAUCAAGCUGCACAAAAAACUUAGAAUGCAGAAAGCCCAGCAACAGCAUGACACAGUAAGUGCAGACUCACUGCAGAGCUUGCCCGGCUCACGUGACAGAGACACAGACAACACAGAUCACUGCUUAGAGAACGGCCCGUGCAGCGACCACAGCCACUCCUCCAGCCAGCUCCCAAACUCUGCCCAGGUUGGCCGUGUUGCUGGUGAUGUGGAGGAUAUGAGGCAGGACUCCCUGGGUGGGGACUCAACAUCUGCAUCCUUAACUCAUGACCUGGACAUCAGUCACCAGAGAAGGAAAGGCACUGUGAAGAGGAGGAGCCAUGGAUGUGAAGUGAGUCCCACCAAGAUGAGUCCAGUCCUGGAUACUGAAGCUAAUUUUGAGAAAAUUCUGAAGAAUCUGUAUGAAAACACGGCUCUUCAUGAGAAGAUAGCAGAGAGCAUCAACCGUGGGCUGAGCACCCAGUGCAGUGAGGGAGGCAGUCACAGCAGUGGUUCACCCUGCAGCAAGAAGGUCAGGGAUAGUGGCAGUGGUGACGGCAGCAGCAACACCACCAUCAGCACCACCAUCCCUGGAGAAGGAAGGGAGAAGUAUUGUGGAUCUGUGAAUGAGGUGGCUGGGAACACUGGUGGAGAUGUGGCACUGCUCAAGGAGUUUGACCACAUUGUCACCGGCAUCGUCUCUGAGGCCACGUCCGACCCAGUGUUUGAGAACCUCAUUGAUGAAGUGUUUGGUUGCAUCUCACCACCGUCCAGCAAUUAUAAAGGAGAUGGAUCAAAUAAUCCCAACCAAGUAAACUUACAAGAUAAUUCCAUUGGACCACCAAGACUUCUAUCCACCCCAGUUCCUCCUCCACCAAGCAGUGCUGUGUCAUCCCCCUCAGUCCUUCACAUCCCUCAGACUCUGCCUCAACACCCCUCAUCUGUGUCCCCAGUCAUGAGCAGUCAGCCUUCAGCAGACAGCCUCUCCACGCCUCAUCACCCUACAGUUCCACUCGCUGCCUCUCCACACCUCCUCUCACCAUCAUCAUCAUUCAUUGCCGUGCCUCACUCAGCUCCCAGUCCCUGUAAAUCAUUUCCUGAAUCAACCCCCAAGAAGACUGAGGAUGUUUGGAGUAACAAGAGUCUGCCCCAAGAAAGCAGUCCAGCAGCUAAGACUUUCAAAAGCCCAAGCUCAGAAAUGUCAAGAGAUACCAUGCAAGAGUCAUUACUGAACAGUGCUUCAGUUAACCAUACUAAAGAAUCUACAGUAGAUUCUUGGUCCUCGCCUCUCAGGAUGGAGACAGAUGAUAGUAGUGUGACAAAGCAUAACAUUGGUGUGCCUUCUGCAAACUGUGGUGCAGAAUCAUCCUCACAGAAGGAAGGGUGUGAGGUAACCAGAGCAACCUCACCUUCACCCACCAGGUCACGCAGAAAGAAAAAACUCAAGUGUAGUCCUAGUGCUAAAAGUGGAAAAGAAGAAGACAAAAACUUAGGAGAACAGUUACUCAAAGAAUUUGCAGAUUUUCAGUCCUCUAGAUCUGAUAAAAUAUGUGUUGAGAAAAAAAGUGAUGGUGACAAAAGUACAAACAGAUGUGAGGUGCCUAAGGAACGUAAAAUGCAAUCGCUUGACUUGCCGACAGAAGAAGGAAAGACAAAAGAUGAUAUAAGUAGAAGUGAUCCUGCAAAGAGUUUGAAUGAAGGUCCUGCACCCAUCAGUGACACUGGACAAGAAACGCAUUCACCGGGAUCUCCAAACACUGGUGAGAAAGAGGUAGGUGUGGUGAGUGAAGUGAAUGAAAAUGUUAAUGCUGUCAAUAAAAACCAAAGUGACAAAGGCACAGUGCAGACAGAAAGAAUACAGUGCAAGACAGAACCAGACAGCGCUCCACUGAACUCUGAGCCCUUGUCUGCUGCUCCGUACGACAGCUACAGUAAUGUAGACAAAACGGAUGAGAAAACAGAACACAAAAAUAAAAGAAGCACAAUACCACUGGACUCCAUAAGCCCAUUGUCAAUAAGAAGCAACACCAUACCAGGCAUUGGAAACCACACAUCAUCACCAGAGGAGAAUUCAUACACCAUCACUGAACUGACCCCUGUUAACCCCAUAGACUUGACAUCAAUAGUAUCAUCUCUAUGUGAACCUGAUGACCCUCACUUGAACUACCAACACUCAGGGGAACUUGCUACAACAUCAGGUGAUCAUCAGGCCCCCAUAACAUCAGAGCAUCACAAUUCCAAUAUGUGGGACCACUCAGCAGAGCUUCCCCCUCUCAGCCACAUGCAGGAGGGUGCCAGCAAUGAGGGUAAAGAAGGUGAGACUUCCCAGGGGUUGACCAUCAUUCUGCCGCCUGUGUCAAGCAAGGAGGAGGCUGAUGAGCAGUUCCUGUCGAUAUUUGGUGGGGUCGAAGCUCCCUCCAGUGAACUGGUCACGGUUCCUUUCUUCCCUGAUGAUGAUUCUCCAGAUUCUGAUGAUGAUGACACUACACCUAAAUCCAAGAGAAGGAAAAGGAGGAGGAGGAUCUCAUUACCACCCAGAGGAAAUCGUGAGCUUGUUACCAUUGCUCCAAAGACUCUCUGCCCCAGCUCACUGCCACAAGAACUCUUAGCGAAAGAAGUACCUAUUAAGGGUGGCACUACGUACACCCUGCCAAACAACGUGACUAUUUCCAUACCAGAUGUCACCCCUGGCCUUGGAGCUGUAGGGAAAGAAGGGCCUAAGAAGAGAAGACAACGAAAGAAACGAAUUACAACAGAGAAACCCAACAACAUACUUAAGGUUCCCAAACCAACCAUCAAGAAGCAGUACGGAAGGGUGAUAGACAUGUCUGUGAGGAGGACCUCGGCAAGAGCAAAGAAACGCACCAUUACCCAGAAUCAGACGGCAGAAAAGGACAUGAAAAAUGACAUCAUAGGGACAGCUCUCUCAUUUGCCCUGAAAUCUGUGACUCCUGAGAAGAAAUCCUCAGCUGCCAUGGAUCAAAGAGCUGAGGUGAACACAGCUGUUGAGGGUGCAGCUGAUAUGUCAGGAGUAGCUGCUCUAAAUCUUGGUGCUGGUACUUCCAUUACUGAGACCUGUGGUGGUGUGGUGGAGAAGCAGAGUGUAGGGAUUCAAACCACCAAGUACAGCUCAGGCAGGUCACCUCAACUGAAAGCCUUGUUACACCUUUCAAAAAGCAUCUCGCCCGCAAAGAGAGCCUUAGCCUGGAAGAAUGUGACCCACUCCGAGGAAAGCCCACUCAUUCAGGUCCUUCACAUGCGGGGCAGCCAGAGCACGCCGAGCCGCAAGAACAGUCACAUUAGAGUUCUGGACUUCAGCACGCCACAGAAAGGAACAUUUGCAGGGUCGCCCAGAAAAGCUGUUGCCAACUUGAAGUUUUCACCACCAGAGGGCACGAGGUCCCCUAGAAAGCUGAUCAGAGCACCACGGUCACUUGCAAUGAAGCUUGCCAAGCAACCAUCAGCAUCAAAAGCAUCAAAGCGCUUGAGUAAGAUUGCCGAGGAGAGUGAAAUGGGGUCAAAAAUUUCCGUGGGGGAAGCUGCUUCAUGGCAACCAGGAAGGGCAAAACCAAAGAAGUCAUUAAGCAUAGGUUUAAGUGGCUCUUCCACACUAAAGGACAAGAAGAGUGACCUGAAGAGCAAAGCCAAGCCAAGGUGGUCCAGAAAAAGUUCUGCAAGUGAAUCAGAAUUUUCCAUUGAUACAAAUAAAGCUCCUGUAAUGAUGACGGAGGACGAGGACAGCAUUGUGUUGUACCUGGAUGGGGAAGACAGCAUGAGCUCCAGCGGUAAAACACCCCCGACAGACAGCGGCAGUAUAGAGCUCUUUGACAUCUCCAAAGACCAAGAGAGGUAUCAGGAUUUCAACUUCAAUACAGCACUGAAAAACAUGAAUCCAGACUCUCUUUCUGAGGAUGACCUGCCUUACCUUGCAAAGCCACUGCCUUCAUCUAGUGUCAGUAGCCACUCUCCACCAGAAAAGCAGAUGGAGACGCCACACAAAGCACCACAGGCUGGCUCAUCCAUCACCUCCAUGACCCCUGUUUGUUUCGAGCCGCCCACUCCGUUCUCAUUGACGGAACAGAAAUCUAACUCUCUCCCAUGUGAUGACCUGAACACUCCAAUCCCUCAGGUCAUUCCUAGCUCUAACAAGACGCCACUCAUCAAGCAUUAUCCUCAGGGGCCGUACUCCAGCAGCUCGGUUGGCACCUCUUACUACAUGCCUUCAGAGCGGUCCUUGACUGGAUCCGAAGAUUACUCUCCCUCCAAACUAGACAAUCUCUUGGAGAAAACACUAACUGAGGAACUGCAUUCUCCCGGUGCCUUGAAUCAGAGUGACGCUGAUAUGGGAGAUUCAGAUUUGAAUAAGACUUCAUAUUAUAUUGGUUCGGCUAGUGAUAAGAGUCCUGUUAAGAAGAGUGCAGUUCAUGAUGCCAAAAGUCCAAGUCCAACCAAACUGUCCAGGAAGGCAAUGGGGCAGAUAAUAGAAAAAGAAAUGUCCAGGCUCUUCUCAAGCCAGGACUCCAGCGACUCAGUGAAAGAAACCAGCCAAGACUCUGCUGCUGACGUAUCAAAUGAUUCCAAUUCUAAGGAUUCUUCAAAAGGUAAGCCAGGAAAGAAGAGAAGAGUGCCAUCAGAGAAAUACCAGAAUAUUGCUGAGUCAACCUGUUCUGAGGAUGAAUUUGAGUGCAAAGGUGACAGCACAUCAGCAUCUCGGAAACACAAGAGGAGCGCAAGAAAAUCUGGAGGAAGUAAUCAUAAUGCAAAAUUGGACAAGGUUGACAGUCCAGAUAACACGAGAGAGAUUAAGGAAAGGAAACUUGUUUUAUCUUCCCCAGAUAAUUCAAAGACAAAAAAGAACUCUCCAUUGUUUAAAGGAAGAUUAGAUUCAGAGGAACAUGCCAUGAAACCAGAGAAGGUAGGUGUCAAGCAUUCCCAAGACAUCCAAAACCAGCUCUCUCCAAAACAACACUCAGCAGAUUCAAAGGAGCUCUCAUGUCACUCACCAAAGAAGAAAAUUACAAGUGACAAAGAAAAGGAACAAGAUUUAUGUGAAGCAAAUCCUGAGUCACUUAUAGAAUUGUUUGGUUUUUGUUCUUCAUCAGAUACCAAUAGUGAGUUAGUAAAGAAAAGAACACCAAUAACAACGGAAUCAAUACCCACACACAUAAGUGAAGAGGAAGACAAUGUUAAGUCGACAGCCAUGGUUGACUCAGACAGCGAGUUUACCUUUGAGAGUCCCGUCAAAAAGAGGAAGAGAUAUAAUGUAAGUGAAGAUGAAUCAAAUAAUUUUUCACCUCCAGAAGAUAAUGAACAGAACACCAACACUUUGAGGAGAAGCAAACGGUUGACAAGAGGUAGAGGAGUAGAAAAAUACCAGGCAGGACUGUCUUUCCAAAGAAUACCCAAAAUGUGGCUGGGAAAUACACAGCAGAAAGCUAAAAGGGGCAAGGGCAGGAGUGGAGACUUGCGUGUGGAGGAGGUGGUCAUAGAGGCAGUGAUUGAAAGUCAUCCAUCACAUUGCUCAAAAGAAUCUCAUGAUGGUGAUGUAGCACUGGAAGAGCUUGCAGCCAAAAGAAAUGCAGGGAAGGAUGCUCCAAAGGACAGAGGCAGAGGAAGAGGGAGGGGGAGAGGGAGAGGGAGAAGAAAAAAGUCACUUAGUCCAAGAGGCACGAGCAGCUUUUCACCAGGCAGUGACUGGCAUCCUGGGCAAGAACUCCAGGAAAAUGAGGAGACUUCAGGAACACAAAAGACAUCAGAGAAAUCUAAGGAAGUAGAGGAGCAAGAAAAUAAAGAACAAGAUGGGGAGGCAUUGAAGGGACAGCACUCCUCUAAGCAACCUUUCUCCAGGUGGGGUAGUGGCAUGAAGACUUCUGAUAUAAAGAAACCAAAGAGUUCACCACCAGUAUCAUCCAACACUUUGAAGGCUCAUUGGACAAGUAAGCUGAAACAAGUUGGCGAUGAUAAGGAUGUCAGCAGCACAUCCACAGGAGAGGAAAGUGCAAAGAAGCAGCCAUGUGUAUCAACCACUGACACUCACCCAGCCCAGCAGAAUCUUUCCAUAUUAUUUGGAAAUGAUACUGAAGAUUAUCUGCCAUGCUUAAACACUCCAAGACUGCCACAAAAGAAGACUAAUGUUACUCCUGCAGAGAAGCCAAACACGGUACACUCGGAAGAUAAACCCUCAAGAAAGCGGCCUCGUGCACCGUCCCACAAGGCUCCCCAUUGCCAAGACACCACACCUGUACAGAAGGAAGGUACACAGAAACAGAAGCAGCAGCAAAGUAAGGGUGGUGUGCAUAACCGCUCUCUGCCCCAAGGCUGUGCUAGGACAGUUGUCUAUGAAUGGGAACACUCCAGCAUAACCAUCAAUCAGCUUAAGGCCCUGGGAAGCAUGGGUCAAAUAUUGAAUGUUACUUCAUUAUUUACCAAGAAAUUGAAAGCCAUCAGAAAUAAUCGUAUGCCAACCUCAGAACCUUCAGCAAAACAUCCAUCCUUUACAAGAACCACAGAUGUUGCCGAGGGCCAGACGAGCACCUCUAAAUCCUCAGCACAACAGGAGAGUGCCACUGAUUCUGCUCCAGAACUCUCAUCACAACACAAAAGCAACACUCAAGAGGUUAUCCAGAGACCCUCAGGAGAAGAGAAAAGCAACACCCAGAAGAGCACUCAGAAACUUUCAGCAGGAGUGGAAAGUAAUACUCAGGAAAAUACUCAAAAGCCUUCAGUGAAAGAAAACAGCAGUACUCCGGAGAAUACAGAAAAACUUGCGAACAAAGAGAAGAACAGUGUUGUGAAAAGUGAAGGUCAACUUGUUUCCAGAAAUACCCCAGACAGCUUCUCUUCAAGUGCUUCACAACUCUCAAAGCAAGAGAAAAGUACCUCCUCCAAAAGUAGAAUCCAAUCCCCUGAUGGUGAAGUGAGUUCCAGCACUAAACCCUCGCCCUCUUCCUCAUCGGCAGCUUUUGAUGCAUUCCUUCCUACGAGAACAGUGGAUACCAUCUCCUCUGGGAGCAAGAAGGUCUCGUCCAGUAGUUCAGUGCUUCAUUCAAAGGCACCACCUGAAGACAGUGAUAGACUUGCACAGGAUGGCUCAGACAGUGCAGACACAGUGCCAGCUCAUCCUUCUCCUCACACAGACAGGAUGGCAUCUACUCAAGCAGCUUCCACUUCUUCAACACCUGUCUCUCGUUCACCUCAAAGAGUAAAUGGGCUUCAAGAAAAUGAUAAUGAUGUUGUCCAAAAAACAAACAAGGAUACAGAAGUUUCAUUGAAGCCUCCCAAAGAUAAGAACUCCUGCGAAAAGACUGUUACUUCAAACUCCCACGUGAAUGAGAAGGAAUAUUGCUCUGCUUCCCCAAGGUCUGCAGAGAGUUACAGUGAUUUGGAGGAAAUGUCUGAGGAGCACUGCCUUAUGUCCUACACCAUGUUGCCUCCCACGCCAGAAAAGAAAAUGGGAAGAAUCUGUCACACUAUAGUUAAGGAAGGGAAGGCCAUGGUUGCUUUCCCUUCACCAUCAAAACCUUAUCCAUCACCUGAGCAGGCACUCUCUCAAAGCCCCAAACUGAAGACACAAUUCAGGGACCAACUGGGCUCGCCGGACAGCAAUGCAAAGCGUUGUUUAAAUCUGAAGAAUGUUAAUCGCUCUUCAGGUUCAGUUUCUGCUCAAAACAAGGCAAACCAGUCACCUCAAGGGAAGCCUGAACCAGAUCAUUCACUAGUAUCUUCUGGUAAAGCAUAUACCCUUCAAGAAAAUAAUGUAGACCAACAGAAAGAAAAGACUAUAACCAGUAACGAAAUUCGGUUAAAAGUGGGUAAAGAUGACAGUUUGGAUAAAGGAAGCACUGUUGGUCAAGGAGGCAUGGAAGGAGAAGGAUCCCACCUUUCAGAUACUUCUCAAAAUAUAAGAAAAGAGAAACAUGCACCUGAAGUUCAUACAAAGUCAGAGCAAUCAACCACAAGUUCCAGCAUGACUUUAGCGAGAAAAGAGUCACCCAAGAAACAGAACCCAACAGAUCUCAAGCACUUCUCCGCCAUGGCUCAACAGCAUCUCGAGGCAGACAGGAGCCAAGGUAAUGGGCCACUCAGGGAAGAGGACUGUGACAAGCUGGAGGAGGAGGAAGACAGUGAUGUCCUGAGGAUUGAAGAACCUUCCGAAAAUGAGAACGAGGAGAUGGAGGAAGUGAUAUGCACACUGAGCCUGACUUUAACGGAUAUCAUUAAUAUUUUCUCAAUGAAUAUACCAGAAAAACAGAAGCCAAAGGUGAAGAAGAAACCCACACUGCAAGCGACAAAACAGAACAAACAAGAGAGAAAAAGCUCAUCCCCAAGAAAGAAAGCUGAGACUCCCACCCAGAAGUCUUUCCCACAGCCUGGCACAACACCACCCAACCACAGGAAAAACAAAUCACCACAAAAAAAGAGAACCAGUGGCAGUUCAGCUGGAACACACACACCUUUAGAGGAAGCAAAGAGAAUCAGCACUGUGAAGGGUGACAUUAAAAGUUCCCUCACUGUGCAGUCACCCUCCACUCCCAGAGACACUGACACAGAUUCAGGGUCCCAGGAAAGGAGACAAGAGCACGGCUGUUAUGCAGGAAGGAGCAAACCAGCACACCGGGUUGAAGAAAAGAACAACUCCACCAAGAAGGGACGGAGAAUCACACCAAUAAGGAUAGGAGACGUGGAGCAGCAUGGUAAUGGGCCCAAGGGAUCCUGGGGUGACGUAGGGACCUCUAAGAAAUCUCAGUGGGCCCAAAACCAAGUGAACACAGCAGGAAGCCACCACAUGACGGAGAGAAGAGGAGGGAGCGUGACUCAGACGGAAAGACCUGGAGGAUGUCAAGGAAAUCUAAGUGAACGCAGUGCCAGUUCACUCUCCAGUCUCAGUCCUGGGUGCCUCUUGAUAUCUGAGUCUCCAAGGGGCGCUGACUCCUCCCCAGCACCCUACCCAAACUUCACAUCGCUGAACUCCCCACACACUUCAGCACCCAUCCUGGCCACACCUACCAAAGCUGAAUCUCUGUCAUCCUCCUUAUCAUCCAACUCUGCCUCCAAGUCCAUCUCAGACUCCAGAGCAAAGAAGCAACAGAGUGCGGGCGACACCUACUACGUUGAAUCGGAAACGUCACGAGAACCAGAGUACCAAGGCUUGGGAAAGCAGCGAAAGGUGCGUCACAUGGCCAAGGAGCUCCACAGAGGUGGUAACCUGGAGAUUGCCCGUAGCCCAGACAAGCAGCUGGCCGUCAUGAUGAGCCACCCGCAGGAGGGAGUAAACAUAUACAUGAGUGAGGAGAGCUUCUACAGUUUGUCCAGCACUCCUCCCACACCAGGCAAGCAUCUUUUUAUUCCUCCCCCGCCAAUCCUUGCCUCAUCCUUCUCAAGCACCAGCAACAGCAGCAGCAGCAGCAGUUUCUCUCACUCAAAACCCAAACAGGAGCUUGGUAAUGUUCCCUUAAAGAAGCGAAAGGAGGUUGCUGUUUCUGGCCAGAGUAUAGGUAAGGGACCCAAAGAAAUGUGACCGUGUGACCUGGCAACCCUGCCAAGAUGUCCACCAUGGCAAGGGUAAUUCACAAUAAAAACACCAAAGCAAGCAUCAUUACAAAGAUCUUCAAUCCAUUCCAAGGCUGUGAAUAACAGGCAUUUGUGUAGCAGUGAUGGAUUGUACCUCAGAGUGACACAGUGUUGGGAGACUCUUCACCGCCAGCCUGACUCAUCUUGGUUGUAAUGUGAAGUGAAGGUGGAUUCUGUGAUCGUAUGGCUUAGAGCAAAGUUAGAAUCUACACAUGAUUCCAAACAAGACACACAACAGUUCCUUGGUGGUGUUUGUCUCUUUAGUCAGUGCCUGCAUCCAACAAUCGCAAGAGAAUGACCAUUACACAAAGUUACCCCAGAGAAAAGUUUGCUCAAAUUUAGGGCAAGGAAUCUUAUGAUGCCAAAAUGUAAAGUGAGUGACAGUGCUUCAGACUGAUUGACUGCUUGGCAUGUGGGGAGAAAGUGAGAUCCAAGCAGGUUCACUGUUGCAGGUUGUUCACUUGCACCCUUCACAUCCAUCAGGCUGCCACAAACCAAGAAUGAAGGAAUGUAACUCGGACACCCCUCGUGACAGACAGCAGGAGGAGUGACAAGUUCCCGUGCUGUGUUGGUGGUGUGCAGUGUGGCCCAGUGACGAGUGAGAGCCUCAGCCUCCUGGUGCAGUGAAUGGGUUUACUCUUGACUCAGUAACAAUAGACAUUGUUGUUUUGUGAUAACUUGAAGACUGAACAGCCUGGCUGUUUUUUUCUGAUUAGACAAAAUUUUGUACAAAGGGUAUCCUUAGUUUUAGUUGAAGUAUUUUAUUACUUUUAUGUAUUUUCCAGAGUAUUUAUAAUAUGAUUUGAGAUAUGUAUUGUCUCAGGAGUAGAAGGUAUGAUGCAUUUGUAAGAUUAUCAAGUUUCAUAUCUAUUGUUCUCCUUUUGUUUCUUAUCAGGUUUUGAAACCAUUUGUACCAAAGUUAAGUUACUGAACCUUAGUUAAGUUGCCACAAUUUUUUUUAGUAAUUAACAUGUAUGUACAAUUUUAAAAGUUUGGAAUUUCUUAUUUGAAAUGCUUAGGAUAAGAAGUCUUGUGGUUUUUUUUUUUUUUUUUUUUUUUUUCCAGGUUUGGGAAUAAAUGCUCACACAGAUAUCUAGACAGGAUUGCAUUCAGAGAAGGUUUGUGCUGUGCGUCAUGUACUGAAGGUAACACAAAGGAAUGAUUCCAUAACUACAGACCUGUCCCAGUGUCCAUGUGACCUUUCUGAGGAGCAGAGUGUGUUCUAGUAGGUGAUACUGAUCAGGUCAUUACAUUUUACCUAAAUUAACUUUUUGUACUAAUUUUAUAUCUUACAGUUAAUGUAGAACCUUAAGGUGCUCUGCCAAACAAAGAUUAUUUUUAUACUGAAAGAUGUUAUGUAUAUUUUGUAACUUAUCCUCUUUGUAAGUGAAUUGAGGAUCUCUGCUACAGCAGUGUGUGUGUGUGUGUGUUUGUGUGUGUGUGUGUGUGUGUGUGUGUGUGUGUGUGUGUGUGUGUGUGUGUGUGUGUGUUCAGUCUUGCCAUCUCAUAAUAUGGUGUGGCUCACAAAUUGCUUUAGAAAGGACUUACGAAGUUCAUGCUUCAUUGUUGAUAGUGAUGGAAACUAAUUUUGUAGUGCUAGUAUUCUUUUUUAUAUGUAACUUUGUCACAUCCAAGAGCUUCGAUAAGAAGAAUUGUACAAUUUUCAUUGUAGAAAGCUUUGUGAUUUUUUUUUAUUUUUCAUUUUUCUUAUGUAAUUAAAUGUUUGAAGUAAUUUAAGAAUAUAAACAAUUAAGUCUUAGGGGCCCACAGCACACUGGUUAUUUUUUAUUUCUGUAUGUUUUUUCUUGAUGCAGAGACUGGUCUUCCUUUAUCUGAUGCAGUUUAUCUUUGUUUUUAUUUUGAGGGGAAAAAUAAUACAUAGAAAAUAAAAUACAUUGAAUGAAUUGUAUUCCAUACACAUCAGCAUGUGAGUGUGUGCAUACAUGUGUGUGUGUGUGUGUGUGUGUGUGAUGGCUAUUACCUCAGCGUCCUGUGCUUCCAUGAAGCUUCACUAUCUGGAAGCCUUACCUCCUGAGUGAGGCAUCUGUUGUCAGGUGGUCAGGUAUAAAGCUGUUGUGUACUGGUGUUUUGUUUGAUACUUUUAUAAAACUAUUUUUAUUAAAAGGACCUCAGUA